GUGAUGGCAACUAGAGCGGUCGACAAAGCCAAAUGGCGGAAAAGAAAAUCAUCGAAAAACGACGAUGACAAUGAUUGUGCUAGCCUUGCGUGGCUUUUGAACUUUCGCUUGGACGAGAUUGUCAACAUUAACGUGGCUGAUGACGAGCCCAGAGUGCCCCGUGUGAGUGAACCUCCGACAUCUGCGAAGAAACCGCCCUACACAUAUCCGGAGUUAAUUGAGAGGGCGUUGAGGGAAAAGGGAGAGCUCACUGUGUCGGCUAUUUAUCAGUGGAUCUCAGACCAUUUUCCUUUCUACAAACCGAAUGAUGAACGCUGGAAGAACUCUGUGCGACAUAAUUUAUCGAUCAACCCCCACUUUAGAAAAGGUGCCCGAGCUACACAGGGCGCUGGUCACCUUUGGUCAAUCGCUGCCAGCGCGAUUGAUCUGCUGCCGUUGAGGAAUGAAGAGAAGACUGAAACAACAACACACGUAGAAGAAAUGCACUAUAUUGAAUGUCCCAAGGUGAUCGUAUUAGACGAAGCUGCGAUUGCUGCUGCCAGUAUAAUUCCAGAUAAUGAACUGUUCAGUGGAAGUACAAUGUUCCUCAAUCCAGUAUCGGCCGAGCAAGUUGUCCGGGAGUGCGGUCUCAUAACUAGCAUUUAGAUAUUGAAGUGAAUUUAAUUAGGUUUUUAGUGUACUAUAGUUAGUUAUACGUAGGAUAAUUAGAUCUCAGAUAUGUGUGAUUAUAGCUAUAUUAUGUUUAAAUAAAUAUACUAAUAGUGAAAAAUUGUAUCUUUGCAUGUGUUUCUUGUUGUACCGGAAUUAUAUUUAGCCCCAUCUCAUCAUAAUAUAUGUGUCAUUAAAUAUACAAGAAAAUUACCUUAUAACAUUUAAGAAAUUGUAACUUUAAAUCUGUUUCUCAUAGAUUAAAGUUAACACCUAAGUUUGCUAGUAAUAUGCUCUGUUUAGUUUUACUUUUAAUAAACGGCAAUGUUUGUUGAAAUAUAUUUAUCUUCUGAAUCUUCUUAAUCGUGUCACUCUUGUAAAACACUCUUGUCAGAGUGGUCGUGGUUGCGCUGACGAGGUACAUUGUGGGGUGUUCGGUGGGUCAAUAUCCAUUCUCAGGGUAGAUCUCCUGGCGAUGUGCUUCCAUUUCUGACGGUUAGAGGCGUUGCGAGUACACUGGACUAUGGUGGACUCAGUAGCCUUUGUGAUGGCGUCUAUACACCGGGUUGUAGAUCGACCGUGUGCUCUCUUGCCUUCCACCUGGCCCUGAACUACCAGUCUCUCCAUCGAGUUUUCAUUUCUAGAGACGUGACCAAAGAACUUCAGUAUUCUUAGUUGCACAAUUGACGAUAGUCUGUCUUUAAUACGAAGCUCUUUGAGGAUGGAUACAUUGGUGCGAAAUGCCGUCCACGGGAUCCUU